AUGUUGUCUCAUGUCAAGCCACAGAGGCAACACAACCAGCAAAAGAAGAAGAAAGCGCAACAAAGUAAACAUCAUGAUAAAAUGCAUUAUUACGAGAAAGGAAGCAAUAAUACAAACGUUCAAAGAAGUUUUAUAUCAUUCCGACCAGAAGAAAGAAGAUACUUACCACUUACCACAAACACAAAUAGACCAGAGAACAAGCAUGCACCAAAGACAGUAAACCAGGAAAGACCAGAUUCGCAACAGCAGCAGCAAUACCAGCACCAUCGAAAAACCAGAGAACAAACGACAUCAGAGACCAGAGAAAGAUCAGACAAAGACCAGACAAAGACCAAACAAAGACCAGACAAAGACCAGACAAAGAUCAGACAAAGACCAGACAAAGAUCAGACAAAGAUCAGACAAAGACCAGACAAAGACCAGAGAAACAUAAGACAAAGACCAAACAAAGACCAGAGAAAGAUCAGACAAAGACCAGACAAAGACCAAACAAAGAUCAGACAAAGACCAAACAAAGACCAGACAAAGACCAGAGAAAGAUCAAACAAAGACCAGAGAAAGAUCAGACAAAGACCAGAGAAAGAUCAGACAAAGAUCAGACAAAGACCAGAGAAAGAUCAGACAAAGAUCAGACAAAACCCAGACAAAGACCAGAGAAACAUCAGACAAAAACCAAACAAAGACCAGAGAAAGAUCAGACAAAGAUCAAACAAAGACCAGACAAAGACCAGACAAAGACCAGAGAAAGAUCAAACAAAGACCAGAGAAAGAUCAGACAAAGACCAGACAAAGACCAGACAAAGACCAGAGAAACAUCAGACAAAGACCAGAGAAACAUCAGACAAAGACCAGAGAAGGAUCAAACAAAGACCAGACAAAGACCAGAGAAAGAUCAAACAAAGACCAGACAAAGAGCAGACAAAGACCAGACAAAGACCAGACAAAGACCAGAGAAACAUAAGACAAAGACCAAACAAAGACCAGAGAAAGAUCAGACAAAGACCAGACAAAGACCAAACAAAGAUCAGACAAAGACCAAACAAAGACCAGACAAAGACCAAACAAAGGCCAGAGAAAGAUCAGACAAAGAUCAGACAAAGACCAGAGAAAGACCAGACAAAGACCAGAGAAACAUAA